UUGUGUAGCGUUCGGCCUCUGUUUCCCCUCCCUUUUUGCAGCUGUCACCGGCGGCGGCUACUCUACUCUCCCCGCAUGGCGUCGCCUCCUCCGCCGGCUCCCGCCGCCGCGGCCGCCCACAGCGUGUUCGUCUACGGCACCCUGAUGGCGGAGGAGGUCGUGCGCGUCCUCCUCGGCCGCGUCCCGCCGUCCUCCCCCGCGCUCCUCCCCAACCAGUACGUGCGCGCGUGCGUCCUCCGCUCCACUCCUCCCGGUAGGCUCAGCAUCAGGGGCCGCGUCUACCCGGCGAUCCUGCCCGUCGACGGCAGCAAAGUCCCCGGGAAGGUUUGGAAGGGGAUCACUGACAGGGAGCUCGAUGUGCUGGACAUCUUUGAGGAUGAGGAGUAUGUCAGGGAAACUGUUGGUAUCUUGCUGACCGAUUCGGCGGACACGAUGGUCGCCUACGCAUACAUAUGGGGGAAUGUGGAUGAUCCUGACCUCUAUGGUGAAUGGGAUUUUGAUGAAUGGAAGAAAGUGCAUCUGAAGGACUAUCUCACAAUGACACAAGAUUUCAAGGAGGAACUGGAACAGCUUGAAUCUGAGACACAUGACUGAAGCUUGCCAAUCAUUCUUCCAGAAGGAUUAAUUCGCCAAUUUAUUGUAUGUGCUUUGUUCAACCAGCUCUAAUGUGAAUUGCAAAUAAGAUGUUCAUCGGAUUGCCAUCAACCUAGCAAAAAAGAAAAUAGUUUUCAUAUUUUGUGACCAUAGACUCGAGGUGUUCAAGUCUAUGUUUUUUCUGUGCUUUUUGGAUCCGUCAAUACUGCUUGAGACACUUGCAUGUGAAACAAAUUAAACUUGAAUUUGUUUUGCGUAAGUUGUACUA